GUGCCAAAUUUCAGAGACGUAAUGACGGACAAAAGAAAAUAACUGAAAGUAUAGGGAUCUCUGGAUAAAUAUUGCAACGUUCAUUGGAUUUGUUUCGAUCUGAAAAAAGAGUGAGAGAGAGACAAAUAAGCAUACAAGUCGGAGACUCAAACCGCCGCCGUUCUAAACUGACCGCCGCCGUUGCCUCCGAUUCUUAACUAUUUUAGUUUCGCUGUCAGACAAGUUGGUGAUAAAAAUACGACACCGUCGAAAACCUUCUCCAGUCACCCACCGCCGUCGCUGUUGGCUCUGAUUCCAAGCUGUUCCACUUCUCCUUGCCGCCGUCUGUUUUGAGUUAAGCAUAUACAUCUUCUUGAUGAACCCCGCUUAAGCUGUGAGAUAUUCCAGUCAAUGUUUGCUGAUAUUCUGUCAUUGCAGUGAAGAAAUUUGGCAGUAUAAUGGAUUCUGGAUCUGCUGAUGUAUCAAAUUCACAACCUGUUACAACAUCAAGUGUAGCAAGGUCUACUGCAGUGGAGUCUGCACCAGUUCAGUCAACAGAAGAGGCGCCUUCAAAGAUCUCUACUUCAGGCAUCUCGUCAUGGGCCAAAAAUUUAAAAAUUCCACAACCGUUCACUGGGUCCCAAGAUGAACAAUCAUCCGGAAAUGCUCCCAAAUCAACCUUUGCCCGUUUAACUGGUGGGCUUGGAAUGCGUCUGUCCCCUAAAUCUCCUACGUCUCCUACAGAUGAACAUGUUGAUGGAACAUCAACAUCACCAACCAGUUUAUUUGGAACAUUCACCAAAGGAUUGGUUGACUCUUCAAAGAAUGCAGUGAAGGCUGUGCAGGUUAAAGCGCGACAUGUUGUAUCCCAGAAUAAGAGAAGAUAUCAGGAAGGAGGAUUUGAUUUAGACUUGACCUACAUAACAGAGAAUAUAAUUGCCAUGGGAUUCCCUGCUGGUGACAUGAGCUCUGGCCUUUUUGGCUAUGUUGAGGGGUUCUACAGAAACCACAUGGAAGAAGUAAUUAAAUUCUUUGAAACUCAUCAUAAGGAUAAAUACAAAGUAUACAAUCUUUGUGCUGAAAGACUGUAUGAUGCUUCUCUAUUCGAGGGGAAGGUUGCUAGUUUCCCAUUUGAUGAUCACAACUGCCCUCCUAUUCAACUCAUUAUAUCAUUUUGUCAAAGUGCAUACUCAUGGUUGAAGGAGGAUAUCGAAAAUGUUGUGGUUGUGCAUUGUAAGGCGGGAAUGGCAAGAACUGGUUUAAUGAUCUCUAGUCUUCUUCUAUACUUGAAGUUCUUUCCUACAGCAGAGGAAUCUAUGGAUUACUACAAUCAAAAGAGAUGCGUAGACGGAAAAGGACUAGUGCUGCCGAGCCAGAUUAGAUAUGUCAAGUAUUUCGAACGCAUCUUAAUGUACUUUAAUGGAGAAAACCAGCCUGGACGCAGGUGCAUGCUAAGAGGAUUUCGCCUGCAUAGGUGCCCUUAUUGGAUAAGACCUUCUAUCACUGUAUCUGAUCAUAAUGGUGUGCUCUUUUCAUCCAAAAAACAUCCAAGAACCAAGGAUCUAUCGCCUGAGGAUUUUUGGUUCAAUGCACCAAAGAAAGGGGUAGUAGUUUUUGCUCUUCCAGGCGAGCCUGGCCUUGCAGAAUUAGCUGGGGAUUUCAAAAUUCAUUUUCAUGACCGUCAAGGAGACUUUUACUGUUGGUUGAAUACAACAAUGAUAGAGAACAGGAAAGUCCUGAUGACAAGUGAUCUUGAUGGUUUUGACAAGAGAAAGUUACCAUCACCUGGUUUCCAAGUGGAAGUAGUCCUUGCGGACUAUGAUGCUGCCCUUCCUGCUCGACCCCAAUCAGAAACUGCCACCAAAGAAUCAGCUGACAGUUCAAGUGCUAAUCCUACCCCCAUGUCUAAUCCUACCUCAGGCAGUGAGCCUGCUGACGGAAGUAACGUGAACCAACAACCUGGGAACAAUGACAAGGACGAUGUGUUCUCAGACAAUGAAUCUGAGGAACCUGGAAUGUCAAAAGCUAGACAAUCUAAAGCUGCUUCUGAAGUUAGUGCUCCCACAGAUACAAAAAACCCUGGAUCAAGGAACAAGGACGAUUCAGAUAAAAUAUCAAGCUUGACGCAUAAGACAGAACAAGUCUCAUUGGGAGACACAAGCUCUGUACGCAGUGAGCCCAAAAAAGAUGCCUCAGUCGGAACUACGUCUAGUGUUGAUGUGUCCAAUCCGGUUGGAGGAGUGAGUGAUUUCAAGGUCAUGGCAGCUGAUGCAUCUGUUUUCUCAUUUGGAGAUGAAGAAGAUUAUGAAAGUGACUAAAGAGGUCUGUUGUGCAAAUUCAUGAAGAUGUACAUAAUAGCUUGCGGUUGCUAGGGUCUAGCUUGUUGGAUUCUGUUCAUUUUAUUAUGUUGUCAUUUUACUUGUUCAUGGCUUGCCAUUUGAUUAUCAGUUUCGUAAAGCUAUGCCUUAGAUUACCUUGGGUUGAAAUUGUGCUAAAUUUGCAUUACUACUGUUCUGGAAGUUUUUAUAGAACCUAUGCAAUGUACUUUACACUGCUUUCCAUGACUCAAAAACUGUGGCUUCCUUGA